GCAAAGCAAAAGAGUGUGGUGUUCAUAUUCUAAAUUAUAAAAUUGAGAGUCAAACGUUUGACUCAGACCAAACCACAAAAGGUGGAUGCGUGAAAUCCCCAUUUUGCCCUUGGCGUGUUUUCGGCUUUUGGCUUUAUACCGACGCAUCUCGCACCUUUCACAGUCACGUUGUCAUUCUCAUUCUUAGUUUCUCUGUGACGGAGAACUUUCUCCCUCUGCAAUUUUUGCCUAUUCAACAUUGCAACCUCCGUCAACAAAUCUUCUAAGGCAAUGCGGUAAAGAGCCUUCUGAUUCAGAUUUCUGCUUAGAUUUUUUCUAAAAUUCACAGAGAUAGUCACCUGGGGAUCUGUCUCUCUUAAUUUUAAGGAAAAUGUUUAAGAUCCCAGAGCACCAAGUUGCUGGUCAUCAAGCCAAAGAUGGUGUCCUUGGCCCCCUAAUAGACGAUUCUGGAAACUUCUACAAGCCUCUUCAAAAUGAUGAACGUGGUUCCAAAGAAAUUGCAUUUUAUACCUCCCUGUCUUCUGAUCCCAGGGUCCCCGACAACAUUCGCAGAUACUUCCCCAUUUUUCGUGGUACUAAGGCUAUCAAUGCAUCUGAUGGCUCUGGCUUACAACCCCAUCUUGUUUUGGAAGAUGUUGUCUCCAGUUACCAGAGCCCAUCUGUAAUGGAUAUCAAAAUUGGUUCUAGGACUUGGGAUCCGCAAGCUUCUGAGUCCUACAUUGAAAAGUGUUUAAAAAAGGAUAGAGAAUCCUCUAGCCUGACAUUGGGUUUUAGAAUAUCAGGAUUGAAGUUAGUGACCUCCUCCAAAGAUGCAUCGGUCUGGCAGCCGGGCAGGAAGUUUCUUCAAAACCUAGCUGCCAACGAUGCCAAAUUGGUAUUGAGUAGGUUUGUUUCUUCCAACGUGUCUUCAAAUGAUAACAUACACCCAGAUUGUUCUUUUGCGUCUAAGGUUUUUGGUGGACCUUCUGGAAUUUUGGAACAGCUACUGGAACUUAAGAAAUGGUUUGAGGUUCAAACUAUUUUUCAUUUCUAUUCUUGUUCUGUCCUCAUGGUAUAUGAAAGGGAAUCUCUGAUGAAAGGAAGUAGUAGUUCAGGUGCUCUUGUUAAACUUGUUGACUUUGCACAUGUGGCGGAUGCAAAAGGUGCCAUUGAUCACAACUUCUUGGGAGGGCUUUGUUCUUUAAUUAAGUUCAUUUCAGAUGUAUUGGAGGCACCUGUUGAAAACGGCUUUUGUAACAAUUACUGUUCUAAAGAAUGAACACUGAGCCUGCUUUGCUUCCAGGGACAAUUUUGGGAUUUCCAAACAAAUUCUGACUUUGUUGACAGUCAAAUCAAGUAAACUACUUGCAUUACUUUCUACACUGCCUCUGUUAUCCUAUAUUCUCCGCAUUAUAUUUCUUGCAAGUCAAUUGUGAAAUGAAAAAUGUGCAAGUCAAUGUUACUAUGUUGCAUAUCAUGUGGCAGAUGGAUGGUGCACAUGAACUCAAAUUUCCUGCUAAUUAAUUCAAGCAUCAGUUGUCUUUGUCAGAUGAGAUGAAGAAAUCUAAUUAUCUUUCAAAUAUUGUUGUACUAUUUAGAUUUUUGUUGAGAUACUCUUUGAGCUAUACUUAUUAGGACAAUGUUACCAUGCAUCAAGUUGAACUUGGUUUAUGAUGUGGUUGGCAAAUUUAAAGAUGAAAUUGUGAGAUGUAUAUUUUCUUCAGAUUGAACAUCUCUCAUUUCAUCUCAUCUUUAGAUUUGCUCAAUGUAUCUGCACCAAGUUUUACCUAAUUCACCAUUCAUUAU